UAGGAAUAUACUUGUCAACAUAUCAUCACAGUACAUCUGUACAAUGAUAUACCAUCAAACAAUUUGUUCUUUUUCCUCUUUCCUGUCCUGUGUUUCACCACAGUUGAUGUUGCUACUAUGCGUGCAGGCAGCAACACAGCUAACGAUGGCACAGUGACAUGUAAUAUACUGUUAGUGAAUGAUGAUGGAGCAGACAAUGGUGGGCACAUUCAACGUCUUAAACAACAUCUACACAGAGUGAAUACACAUCUGUGCAAGACCACCGCUGAUCAUUCAGAUCUAACUUGCUUGUCCGGCGAUGUCAAGGAUUGCUUCGUGCCCAUGCAGGCUCUGACGGAGAAAGAUGCUCUGCAGCUGACGUAUCGUGCGCAACAAGCUGCAACUCGCCGUGUCACUGGAAGACAGCCAAUAUCUGACCGUACACCAGGCGUUGCUAUCCCAGGAGCUAAACAAGAUAAGAGUGACAAAGUGGAAGGAGGAAGGCAGUUUGUUCUGUCCAGCGCUAAGCAGCUCUUGUCUGAUCCCCAUUAUUAUGAAGGUGUAACUAGCGCUGGCAAAAGUGGUGUUGGUGUUGGUGGUGGUGAUGACACAGUUGACGAAGACAUUCUGGAAAGUUGCAUUGUAAUUGGCAACGCUGGGCAAGGAAAGACAACUCUAUGCAAACGAGUCAUCGCUGACAUCAUGGAGACAACAACUGGGAAUCUGGCAAAGAUUGAAUUCAUUUUCUACGUGCCGUGCCGUGAUUUUCAACGUACACAGUCAACUGAUUGGUGUGUAUUUCUUGGUUUGGACCAGUUGCGCAUCAGUACACAGGAGCAAUCUAUACUGCUCAACUACCUCUCUGAGCAUUCCGACCAGGUAUUGAUCGUUAUUGAUGGGAUUGACGAACUUGGCAGUGAUGGAUUUGGUACCGGAUCAGCAGCCCAAGCUGUAAUAUUGAGGAGCAGCAGCAGUAACCAUUCACUACUACCUGAUGCUAUUGUAGUCGCAACUAGCCGACCGUGUGAUGAAGCGUAUCAGAACAUACCGCAUUUCCGCUUACGUUUCCGACUUCUCGGCUUCUCAGCAGACCAGCUCUUUGCGUACUGCUCACGACAGCUCGGAGAGGAGGUUGCCAAGAAGUGUAUGGAAGAGCUUUCCCAACGGAACAACUGUCUGCUGAAGGAAGCCAUUCGACAAUCUCCACUCCUAUGUGCUCUGCUCGUUCAGCAAUAUUCCAUCAACAACUCUCUACCCUCCAGUGUGACACUUUUCUACGACCACUACUUACGCUCCUCAGUCGCAAAGCUGGAAAAGCGACGAGGAAAGAAGUUUGGUCAAGUACGGCUUGCACAUGACGUCAUCAGUCACUGCAGUGGUGGCCGGCACUUCAGUUGUGGUGAUCUUGUCAGUAUCCCCGUGGUAAUAGAACAUCAUUUGGAGCGCUAUGUGAAGGAGACAAGCAACAAUGAUGAGGAGUGUGAUCACCAUGCUGUGGAGCUAGUCAAGGCAUUGCACAAUCUCUACACGAUGUGUCUUGCAACAUAUCAAAGGGGCAUGGCUACUUUUACAUCCACGCUGUCAACCCUCCACCAGUCCAUUUGUCAAGAUCUCGGCUUACUGCUCAACCCUGGUAUGCAUCCGUCGGCGGUCGGUUCCACGCAGACUGUGUCCUUGACUCACUUGACACUGCAGGAGUGGUGUGCAUCGAGAUGCAUCAUUUCUUCUGACUCGUGCGUAGACAUCAUCCGCAGCUGCAUCAAGACUGUCGGCACAGACUUGAACACACUUGUCUUCUGGCAAUUUGUCUUUGGAGCACUCAAGCCAGACCUUCUACAUUCAUCUUUGUUGGCUCUACAGCCUGAAAAUAGCAUCAGUGAUCAUACUGUCAAGAGCAAGAAGAAGAUGCUUCUGUUCAUGAUGAGAUGUUUGAUGGAAAACCGCAUUUCACUCCAACAUAUCCACACUCAGGGAUAUCCCAAUCAGGACACUGACAUAGUCACCCAUCGCUGCUAUGCUAUGUCAGCCAACCUCCUGGCCAGUGAUGGAAUUGAUGUUAGUGGAAUCCACCUUCAAGUUGUUGAUGUGAUGGCUUUACAUACGGUUUUGGAGCUUGUAGACCAUGUAAAGUCUCUGGAUCUCAGCAAUUGUAAUCUGUCAAGUGACAGUGUCAUUUUGCUGUCUGAUCAACUGGAUAAAUGCGUCAAGGUGACUUUGCUUGGUGCCAAUCUCACUGCAGUACCAUUGGCAAGCAUAUCAAGCACACUGUCUAGAUCAACACGGCGUACCCUCCAGGUUCUUGACAUUAGCAACACAAGGUUGACCAGUGGAUUUGCAGAUGGAGCAGCACUUGCUGGAUGUGUAAAACACCCAAGUCUAACGUACCUGAAUGCACACUAUACAGCACUUGGCAAAGAUGGUCUGGCAGCAUUUGUGAGCAACUUGGCUCCGUGUAACAAUCUCACAGAUCUAUCACUGGGAUGGUGCAGUCUGGAUAGUGGAUGUGGAUCUGACCUGGCAACACUGGUCACACAGUUACCACGCCUUGUCAGUCUUUGGCUGAGUAACAACUCACUCUCCAACAGUGACGUGUCAUGUGUACUAUCCAGUCUCCAUUCUCAUGAUACCAUACAGCAUCUCUUCUUUGACAACAACAGACUGACUGAUGAGCUAGCCGCUAGUGUGGUUGACUUUCUGCAAGCUCGUCGCGGUCGUGAGCACACUGGGAGUGUCAGCACAACACUACCACCAUGCAGGGUUUAUCUGAACGGCACUGGUGUAACAAUCCGUCUUCUACAGGAAGUGGCUACGUCUAAUCAAUGUGGUGGUGACGUAAUAGACAUUGGCAGCCGCUAUGCUACUGGUACUUUAGUAGAGACUGAGUCGAUUGAUCAUCUGGUCAGUGUACCUGGUGGCGGUUACCAUGGUUACCUACAAGGCAAGGUUGAUGACUCCAUGAUGUCAUCACUUGGUCAGAACCUUGCAACCAACACUUACCUAGACCUACUGGACAUAGCACUGUGUAACAUCACCGAUGCUGGAGCAACUGCUCUGGCAACAUCUGGCCUUGCUCACAACACAGUGCUGAAAUACCUUGCUCUGGACAGGAAUAGGAUACAGCUAUCUGGUGUUGUAAGUGUACUACAAGCAGUGACAUCACCACAGUCACAUGUCAGUGCAUUGGGUCUGGAGGACAACCCAGUGUUUCAUGAUAUACAGCCCAGUCAUGCUGAUUUCAAACUGCUAUGCCAGCUUCUCUCUGGAUUCCACCGGCUGCGCUUCAUUUCAUUUGCCAAGACGGGCAUGAGUGAUGAAGUUGGUGCAAGUAUCCUACACUCUCUCCAUCACCAUGCGCGUAUUGAAUGGAUGGGUAUGGCAAAGAAUGAGAUUGGUGAUGCCACAGUGCAUGCCCUGGUGGAUAUGAUGAGGAAGAACACAAGCUUGAGAUUGAUCAGCCUAUCUAACUGCAAGAUCACCGAUGAUAGCAUUCAAGCCAUGCUGCAGUCACCAGGCAUCAUGAGGAUGGAGGGUGUACACUUGUACGGGAACCCAUGCUCUAUGGACAAACUUCGACGGCCAUUGUACAAUUCCAUGCUAUGGUAUAACAACUCUUCUGUCCUGGAGUUCAUCUCGGAUUGAUUGCAGGAAGACGUUGCACAACAUCAGCAUAUUCCCAGCCGUUGCUGAAGGAGUAGGCUAGGACAGAGCUGAUGUAUUGUUCAAGUUUGAUCUACCAACCAACAGUCAAUGAUUGCACAACUUCCAGAAUGAUGUGUGUGUGUGUGUGUGUGUGUGUGUGUGUGUGUGUGUGUGUGUGUGUGUGUGUGUGUGUGUGUGCUGGCACACCGAAGCAAUUGCCGUUCGGCGAGCUGCCUGCCCCCCGUCCUCGUCGCGGCCCGAAGAAGAGGUGGCGAGAUGUGGUGUCGACUGACCUGGCGGACCUCGGCGUGACCACCUGGCUUGAGAGUUGCCAAGAUCGUCCCGGCUGGAGACAAGUUGCGAGUAGCACCCCACCGCCACGGCCCGCUCCUGAUCCUCUUCUAUGUGUCUGUGGACGCCCAUUUCGUCGACCAGGAGAUCUGAAACGACAUGCCAAGUUCUGCGCUCGUGUUCUCACUUGAACUUUCCGACAUUCGCUAUCAUUGCGUACGCAAUGGGCAAGAUCAAGGUCAAGGUCAAGGUGUGUGUGUGUGUGUGAGUGUGUGUGUGUGUGUGUGUGUGUGUGUGUGUGUGUGUGUAUGUGUGUGUAGGCGUGCAGCACACAUCACACUGAGUAUUGAAUUCACUUGAGUAGAAUGUAAUUUGUGUGUGUACUGUUUUCAAUGAUUGUAUUGUGUAGCAUGCAUGACUCUGCUGAAGAAACAGUUCAAUCAUCAGUUUUCUGGUUAUUCUAGGAUUUACGCAUAUAAUUCCUCACAGUCAAGUAUACACACAAGAAUACAUGAUGUUACUGGUAGUGCAACUGCUGAUGUUGCAGACAAUACUUCUGUUCAUACUGUUGCACACUACGUAGCUCUCCGUCACGAUGCUUCUCUUGGUUUUGUUGAUGUGGUUAUUGUCACCAGCAAGUGCUGAGUACACUCUACAAUAGUCUUAUAGAUAUGUAUAUACAGUAUAAUUAUACUGAUGGUGUUCACUGCUCUUCUGCUUCUGCUCUGAUAGUCGAUUGCUGAUGUACGUGUUUGUCAAUGUUGACACCAAUGCCAGCAUUUAAUGAAAUACAUUCAUUGUUGCUGGUGGUGCGCUUGAUCAGCUGUAGCCGGCACUCUCCUGCUCCUAAUGACUGUGACGAAGAGUUUAUCUAGUCUUGGUGUGAUGAGACGCGCGGAAACUCCAUUGCUCUCAGUCCACACUGCACCGCGGCCAUGCUGCGUCACCUCAUCACACAUGAUACAGCUGUAAUAUAAUAUUCAUGACGUGCA